AUGUGUGAUAUUGAAGUCCUGACUUCACUUUUGGAUGAACCUAAAAGAAAUGAGUACAACUUGACUGUAAAAGCUGUCGACUCUGGUUUCCCCCAGCUUUCAAAUACAGCCAUAAUCAAAGUCAGUGUCCCUCUCAAUUAUCCACCAACAUUAAACAAGAGCUUAUAUUUUAAUGUCACAGAGAAUGCUACUCUUGAAACCAGGGUGGGACAGGUUGUUGCAGAAGACAAAAAUGGAGAUGAACUUCACUACUUUAUUAAUGAAGCAGUUCAUACAGAUCUUCCUUUUAAGAUUGAACGAGACACAGGAAUCAUUACAGUGAAUGCAGAACUUGAUUGGGAAUACAGAAGUCAGUACAUGUUCGAGAUAUUUGUGACAGACAGUGGACAGCCUGCUGUCACGUCAUCGUCCAUGGUUACAGUUAAUAUAAUGGAUGAGAACGACAAUCCGCCACAGUUACAGUCACAGCUUUACACAGCACAUGUGAAGGAAGAUGAUUUAGAAUAUGGAGAUAUUCAAACUCUGACACUUACACCAUCACUUUCUGUCACCGACAAAGAUGGUAGCACAAUACCAGUGUAUUACAGUAUCCGUGGUGAUGGGAGUGAAUUGUUUCAGAUUGAUGCCAGCACUGGUAUCAUUCGACAAGCUGAACCAGGAAAUCUAGAUGCAGACAUGCAGUCAAUCUAUAACAUCACUAUUGUAGCUUCAGACAGUGUACUGUCAUCUGAAGCUAACUUGUCCAUUUUUGUUGAGGACAUCAAUGACAAUACCCCAACGUUUAGUCCUGACACUAACCUUGACCUAGAGGUCAAACCUGAGACAAAGAUUGGUACAGUUCUUGGUCAGGUCAAAGCAUAUGACAGUGAUUUGACCAAUAUCAACAGUGAUAUAACAUAUUACCUUUUGAGGGGAGGAUUGGACAAGUUUGGAAUAAACCACAAAACAGGAAACAUAACCUUGAUGGCUUCACUGUUUGAUGAACCAAGACAAGAUUUUUACCGUCUGCAGAUUCGAGCAGCGGAUUCAGGAUUUCCACAAAGAUAUGAAGACAUCACUGUGAACAUUACAGUUCCAAUUACGCUGCAGCAGAAAUUAAAUGAUUUUUAUGUUUUUGAGGUGCUUGAAAAUGUGACUGUGGCAACAGUUGUUGGAUCUGUGAAAAAACAGAGGUUGAACAGUACACACAAGUAUUUUAUUAAUGAACUAGACAAGCGAGGCAGUUUCCCAUUUGAAAUUGAACGGGUGUCUGGUGAAAUUGUGACAACUUCGGACCUGGACCGAGAGACGUCGGAUAUGUACAGAUUCCGUGUUGUCAUGAUUGACACUUUCCCACCAUAUCAGACUGUAUCCACAACUGUAACAGUGAACAUUCUUGAUGUCAAUGACAAUCCACCGAUACUCAGCUCAUCUUUAUACAGAGCGCGGCUUAUGGAAGAUGACUCAAAUCCAGGAGACAGUCAGACUCUCAUCUUUUCUCCUCAGCUUACUGUGAGUGAUGCUGAUAAAAUCAAAACUGCAGUCAGUUACAACCUCUCUGGAGAUUGGAGUCACUUGUUUGUCAUUGAUCAUGACACUGGAGUCGUCCAGCAGAAGGAAGCCGGCAGCUUGGAUAGUGAGAGUCAGAUGGAGUAUAAUUUAACACUGCUGGUAUCAGAUGGGACACUGUCAUCUUCAGCUGUGCUGCUUAUCCAAGUGGAAGACGUCAAUGACCAUGCACCUGUUUUUGAAGAUGACCGUUACAUUGAAGUUGAUCCUGCCACAAAAGUGGACACAGUGAUUGGUCAGGUGAAGGCCACAGAUGAAGAUGUAUCUGCCAGAAAUAGUGAAAUCAGCUUUUAUCUUCUCAGAGGAGGCUUGGACAAAUUCGCCAUAAAUGAAAGCUCAGGUGAAAUACUACUGGUUACUUCACUGACUGAUGAACCCAGUCAAGACGAAUACACUCUCCAAAUCCAGGCCGUCAGCUUUGGCACACCCCUGCAAUCAAACAAGACAUUAGUGAAAAUCAGAGUUCCUUUGAAUCGUCCACCAACACUUGACAGUAUUUACACAUACGACUUGUUAGAGAACGUGACGAUUGGGACUGUUGUAGGAACCAUUAAUUCUUCUGACCCUAAUACAGAGCCGGGCCAGGUUGAUAAACUGCACUACACUAUUGGUUUUAACGAGACAGGUGAAAAAAUGCCAUUUACAAUUGAUCCUGACACUGGUCAAAUCACCACCACUGGAACUCUAGAUAUGGAGAGGAUUGAAUCAUACAACUUCCCAGUAUUUGUCUCCGAUAAUGGAAAGCCAGUAUGCACAUCAUCAGCGACUGUAUACAUCAACGUGCUGGAUGUUAACGACAACCGGCCACAGUUCGCAGCUCCCAUACUGGUAGCAUCUGUCAAAGAGGAUCAUAGAAUGCCCAAAAAGCCUCAAAUUCUAGAUGUUCAUCCCCGAGUAAAUGACAUUACUGAUCGAGAUGCUGCAGUAGAACAGUGGAUCUUUAGUAUCAGUGGUGAGGGUAGUGAUUUGUUUGACAUAGAUCCCAAGACUGGAGUCAUCACUCAGAAAAUGGCUGGAUCUUUGGAUAGUGAGAUGAUAGACCUCUACAACUUUACGAUCAUGGUGUCAGAUGGACAGUUGACUGGAGAUGCUGUGUUACAAAUACGUGUUGAAGACAUCAAUGACAACAGCCCUGUGUUUGAUAUGGCCACCUUAGAGGUGGAUGUUGACCCAGCAGUGACACCUGGCUCUGUCGUCCUUCGUGUAAAUGCCAGUGAUGCGGAUCUGUUAGAGCGGAAUCAUGAAUUACACUACUACCUUGUUGAAGGUGGUCUUGACAAGUUUGCCAUUGAUGAAUCUUCAGGUGUCAUAACAGUUGCCAAGCCACUACUCGAAGAACCACUAAAGCCAGUGUAUUAUUUAAAAAUUCAAGUAUCCGACUAUGGCAGUCCACGACUAUCAAAUGUCACACACAUUGUCGUAAACGUUCCCAUAAACUUCAAGCCAGAGCUGAAAGAAAGUUACAGAUUUGAAAUAGCUGAGGACACACCUGGUGGAGUGGAAUUUGGAGAGAUUAAUGCAACAGAUCAGAAUGUGAAAGAUCAGCUCAAAUAUUACAUAGAUGAAUCAUCAAGCAGCAAGCUGCCAUUCAUCAUAGACCGAAACACUGGCAUGUUACAAACUUCAGGUCCACUGGAUCGUGAGACUCGAGAUCAAUACAAGUUUACAAUCUUUGUCACAAAUAGUGCAGCGUACACAUCUUCAGCUCAAGUAACUGUCACCAUCGGAGAUGUCAAUGACAAUCCACCCAUGUUAACAUCGUCAGUAUACACAGCUCACAUCACAGAAGAUCAUUCAAAUCCAGGGGAAGCAAGAACGCUAUUUUUUAUGCCUGCAAUAUCAGCAUCAGACCUUGACUUACAUACCAAGAUUUCCUAUAGUCUGGCUGGUGAAGGAAGCAACUUCUUUAACAUUGAUACUUCAUCGGGAGAAAUAACACAGACAGUUCCUGGCAAUCUGGACAGUGAAGCAUACACAAACUUUUAUCUAAAUUUAACGGCGACCGAUGGAAACUUGACAACCUCUGCUAGAUUGGAAAUCUUUGUUGACGAUGUGAAUGACAAUGCACCAGUAUUCUUGGAACAGUAUAACUUUGAAGUGAAUUCUUCGGCAUCCAUUGGCUAUCCAGUUGGCAGAGUGUCAGCAAAUGACUUGGAUGUAUCGGAUAGAAAUGGAAGAGUUACAUAUUACUUAAUCCAAGGAGGUCUCGACAGGUUUUCUCUUAAUUCACAAACGGGAGACAUAUCAGUAAGCGAAUCUCUAAACAGUCCUCCAUAUAUUAGUAACUACCAGCUACACAUCAAGGCCAUGGAUUCUGGACAUCCUCAACACACGGAUGAGACUACAGUAAAUAUUGUCGUCCCUCUGAAUAAGAAACCUUAUGUAUCCAUGGAAACAGUGUUAACUGUUAAGGAGAAUGAGACUAUUGGAACUGAGAUUGGAAUUGUCACAGUUUCAGACCCAGAUGGGAAUACAACUGCAGGAUUGUCUUUCGUCAUUGAAGGCAACAAUGUGCCUUUUGAAAUUGAUCCUGCCACUGGUUCUCUCAGAGUUUCCUCCCUUCUAGACAGUGAAAAUGUAACACAGUACAGGUUUCCUAUUGUGAUUUAUGAUGAGGGUGUACCACGGCACACUGUCACCACCAUGACAACCAUACAUGUGGAAAAUGUCAAUGAUCGAAGUCCGCGAUUUUCAGCACUCAGCUACACAGCAACUUUAAAUGAAAACCUUUCAGACAAUGAUGCAAUGAACCCAGUACCACAGAUUUAUGCAAAAGAUGAAGACAUCAUUCCGACACCAAUUGUCUACAGUCUUAAAGGCAAUCAUAGUGACCACUUUGUCAUAAAUGUGUCAACAGGGGAGAUAACUGUAGCUGCAGGAACAUCUAUAGAUCGUGAAUAUAUCAGUGAAUAUGAUCUACAGAUAUUUGCAACUGAUGAUGAUGGGUUAGGACUUCAGAGUGAAAGUUCUCUACAGAUUUUUGUUCAGGAUGUUAAUGACAAUUCUCCCGUGAUGGAUCAAGAUAUGAGUUUUGAGAUUCAUCCAAGUGCAGCCAUUGGUGAUAAAGUUGGCAAAAUUGUAGCAAAUGAUUCAGAUGAUUCUGCUCAAAACAACAGAGUAACCUUCUUGCUGUUAGAUGGAGGAUAUGGAAAAUUCUUUCUUGAUUAUGACACAGGUGUCAUUUACGUAGCUGGCAGUCUCGUGAAUGAACCAUAUCUUGAAAAUUACACUCUCACAGUCAGAGCCAAAGAUUCGGGCAUUCCUUCUCUUUCGUCUGAUGCUAAUAUCGCCAUCACUGUUCCCAUAAACAAGCCUCCUGUAGUGACACCGCAGUUUACUUUCAAAGUGGAAGAAAACAGGGAUAUUGGUACAAUCAUUGGUGAUGUCAGCGUGCAAGAUUCUGACAAUGACACUUCAAUUUCUGAUGUUUCAUACUCCUUGGAAGGACAUCAAGGCCUGUUUAAAAUUGACCCCAGUACUGGCAUAAUUUCAACACUGUCGGAGAUUGAUGCUGAACAGAUCAGUGGGAUAGAGAUGAGGGUUGUUGUGCUUGACACAGGUUUGCCCACCUACAGACGAACAUCUCAAGUUAAUGUCAGCAUUGUGGGAAUCAAUGACAACACACCAGAGUUUUCAUCUCCAUCCGGCUACACUGCCGACAUAUCAGAGGAUGUAGCAAUGAAACCAGGCAACGUGUCACUGCAACUGCAACCAUCAUUCAGUGUGAAUGACAAAGAUGGUGGUGAAGUAACCUACACCAUGGAGGGUGAUGACCUUGUCCUUUUUAUGAUUGACCGUUUGACCGGACAGAUUGUUCUAGUUCGACCUGAUGAGAUUGAUGCUGAUGUAAAGGCUGUGUAUUAUUUACAGAUUGUAGCAACAGAUGAAGGUGGAUUAUCAACCAGAGCUAAUGUCACUGUUUUGGUUGGAGAUAUAAAUGACAACAGUCCUCAGUUUGAGAAGAACUUCACAUUUGCUGCUGCAGCCGAUGCAAAGAAAGGCACAGUUCUGGGGAAUGUUUCGGCAGUUGAUGAGGAUGUCAGUGUACUAAACAGUCAAAUACGGUAUACACUAAAAACCGGAGGCUUUGACAAAUUCACUGUUGAUCCUAUGUCAGGAGAAUUAACAGUCACUGACAGCCUUGUGCGGGAUCCUCAGCAGAGUGUGUACAGCUUAGUGAUCGAGGCUGUUGAUGGUGGGUACCCACCACAGUCGGCUCAAACCACAGUGGAGGUAACUGUGCCCAUGAACUACCCUCCUGUCGUGCCCAGUCUCUCAGUGUUCAAUGUUUCUGAAACAUUCCCAGUUGGUCAUAUCAUUGGUGUCAUUAAUGCAUCAGAUGCUGAAGCAAAUGACACAGACUCCAAACAGGAUUUGUCAUUUGAUUUCCAUGACAACAAUGAUAACCAUCCAUUCCUCAUUGACAUGAUGACUGGCAUUGUGACCCUGGGGAGAGUACUUGAUGCUGAUACUGUCAGCUACUAUUCCCUGACCAUCAUUAUCCCCACUCAUUCCCCAUUGACCCUGGGAACAGUACUUGAUGCUGAUACAGUCAUCUUCUGUUCCCUGACCAUCAUUAUCCCCACUCAUUCCCCAUUGACCCUGGGAACAGUACUUGAUGCUGAUACAGUCAUCUUCUGUUCCCUGACCAUCAUUGUAAUGUUAACUUCCAUUCUGUUGUAUUGA